CUGCCUGGCGUUGUUUAUGGAGAGAGAGGCAUUCAAACUAGAUCCACGACUGCAACACCAACCUCAUUGCACAAUCUACUUGGCGUGGGCUGGCUGAUUCCACUACUGAGACUGAGACAUCCAGCACACGACGACGAGUUUACAUCCUCCACUUUUUAUCUCCUUUUUACAGCACAAUUAACUAUUAAGUAAGUGUGUAGGUAGGUAGUGAUGACCAUCGAAUAGUACCGUAGGCUAAUUAGGGUUAAUAGUCUCAUAAAUGUUGCCACACUGCAACUGCUGAUCUUCUAUAGGCAUAAGUAAAAGACUAGACUUUCUCCUAACUUCACAUCAGUCAUCAGUGAAAGUCCUGUCGGGAGGCGUUUUUUGGAGGAGUGACUUAAUGCUGACAAAGUGAAGAAACUAAUCAAAUUCUGGAGGAACGGGAGUACAAUGAAGAAGCACAAAAACAAACACGUGGAAAACAACGCUGCAGCAGAGAGGUUGGCUGAUUAUCGCGGCGAAAAUGCCGGAGGUGCUGUUAGUCCUAGUCCUGGCUCACCGGAUGCAGAAUCUAGUCUUGACCUGCAGGAAUCAUCUUCAGAAAAGGAACAGACGGCUCCCAGUGCGCCACCGGUGAAGGAAACUGCGAAGGAAAAGAAAUUGUCUUCCGGGUCUUUAGCAGUGGCAGAGACUGCGCGACCCAAGAUGGUCACUGUUAAGCACCCGGAAUCAAACAAACCAAAACCAACUGUGAAGAAGAACAAACCAAUUCAAGCAGACUUGGAUGUUGCAAAGGAAUUUACAAAGUGUAAAGACGAACAGCUACAUAGACUAGAUUUAAGUAAAUCAAGUAUCACUCAAAUUCCUUCAUCGGUUCGAGAACUGACACACCUACUCGAAUUUUAUCUUUAUGGUAACAAGUUGGUUACUCUACCAGUUGAAAUGGGAUCGUUAGUCAAUCUACAAACUUUGGCACUCAACGAAAAUUCGCUUACAAGUCUUCCUGAUACGUUAGCAAAUCUGAAAAAUGUUAAAGUUCUUGAUUUAAGGCAUAACAAGCUCAGCGAGAUUCCAGAAGUCGUGUACAAAAUGACAUCCCUGACCACGUUGUUUUUACGUUUUAAUAGAAUCCGUAUUGUUGGUGAUGACCUCAGAAAUUUGACAAAUCUACAGAUGCUAAGCCUCAGAGAAAAUAAAAUUAAGUCACUUCCUGCUGGAAUUGGAAGCCUGGUUAAUCUUGUCAUGUUGGACAUCUCUCAUAAUCAUUUAGAACACCUUCCAGAAGAAAUUGGGAAAUGUAUCCAGCUCUCUACACUCGAUCUCCAGCACAAUGAACUAAUGGAUAUUCCAGAUACUUUGGGAAAUUUGAAGUCACUCACCAGAAUCGGAUUAAGAUACAAUCGACUGUCAACUGUCCCAAAAGCACUAAGUAAUUGCACAAACAUGGAUGAAUUCAACGUGGAAGGGAAUUCUAUUUCUCAGUUACCAGAAGGACUUUUAUCGAGCUUGACCAAACUGACGAAUAUCACUCUGUCAAGGAACUCUUUUUCGGCCUAUCCUACUGGUGGCCCAGCCCAGUUUACUAAUGUUUAUUCAAUAAACAUGGAGCACAAUCAAAUUGAUAAAAUUCCCUACGGAAUUUUUUCUAGAGCCAAAAAUUUAACAAAGCUCAAUAUGAAAGAAAACUCAUUGACAUCGCUGCCUCUUGACAUUGGUACAUGGACAAAUAUGGUAGAGUUAAAUCUUGCAACAAAUCAACUGUCAAAAAUUCCGGAUGAUAUUCAGUGUCUGCAAUCUUUGGAGGUGUUAAUCAUGUCAAACAAUAACUUGAAAAAAUUGCCGGCUAGUAUCGGAAAUGUUAGGAAAUUGCGGGUUUUAGACUUGGAAGAGAAUAAACUGGACUCAUUACCUAAUGAAAUUGGAUUUUUAAAAGACUUGCAAAAGUUGAUUCUCCAAUCAAAUCAACUCGCGUGUCUCCCGAGAGCCAUUGGCCAUCUAAUGAGCUUGACUCAUUUGAGCGUCGGGGAGAAUAACCUUACAAGUCUACCCGAAGAAAUUGGAACACUGGAAAAUUUGGAAAGCUUGUAUGUGAAUGAUAAUCCGUUGCACUCAUUGCCGUUUGAGUUAGCACUGUGUACUAACUUACAAAUAAUGAGUAUUGAAAACUGUCCAUUGACCCAAAUACCGGGCGAUGUAAUCGCAGGAGGUCCUUCCUUGGUAAUUCAGUAUCUGAAGGUGCAAGGUCCGUACCGACUCGCAGUUUAGAAACAAAAACAAAGAAAAAGAACGUACAGCAAGUUAUUUUGCUGAACAACAACGACAUUCAUUAUUGUUUGUUUGUUAUUAAUUUCGAACUUAUUGUUGCAAGUCUUAAAAAAGUAUGUUACUACAUUAUAUAGGCACUGAGCCUAUUUUCUCUACUCAAGUUUACGUUUCUCAAAAAAACAUACAUACAAAUAACUGAUUUCAUUUGUAGACUGAGCUUUUCAAGUUUUCUUUUAAUUUUUAUUUAUUUAUAAUAAGUUCCCAUUAUACGUUUAUCCCUAAUGUACUUUCGUGUUGAAUUUAACAACAGCGUUUACACAUAUAUAUGUUUUGUAUUUUUGGUCAAACAUUAUAUACUGUUAAUUAUUGCAAAUUACUAGCCAGACGAUGAGUUAUACCACAGUUCCUCUUUGAAUCUUAAUGUUCUUAAACAUUAAACCUUGUUUAAGUAUACUAUUAUUAUUAAUAAGUAUGUAUGUGUAAUACAUUUACGUCAUGUAACUUGUCAGAUAACAAUCGACAAGUUUAGUAUUCUGCAGUGCAGCACAUUACAGCGUAUUACUUCAGUACUGAGGUAACCAUUAUUCUACGUCAGUUGUUGGACAUGUUUAACCAAUUAUGUAACAAAGUACUCUUACACUUGGACUACGGUGGGCAGAAUGUGAUAACUUUUUUUAAUUACAAAUUUCCAAUAUGGCGGAAAUCCUGCGAAAGUAUGGUACCUAUUUAUCGUGAUGAUUAUACAUGUAGAUGCUUACAUGCACUCUCUUUGUUGUCAAGUUCAUUUCCUAAUAGCCGUUUCAUCCAAUAUUUUGAGUCUUUCUCUCGCCCCUUUCACUGGUUUUUUCGUUGUUCAAGUACAAUCAUGUUCAGAUAUAUAUUUCAAUCAGAUAAAUGUAUUAUUAUUAUUUAUAAUUCACAAUUUCCACGAACGCACAGUACCGGUAAUAUGACAAUCUAGGAAUAGAUUUCCUCACUUUGCGUUUAUGAUAAGAAUGCGUUUGGUUCUUAGAAAUGGGUUCUUGAAAUAUUAUUGUUUUCAUCAUUCUUUUAGUUUCUAGCAAUUCUUCUGAAAUAUUACAAUUAGCGUAAUAAUCACUAUGUGAAAAACAAAUGGAAUGUUACCCAUUGGUGAAAUGACCAUCAAGAGACAGAAUAAAUACAAGCUCCAAUCAAACAAACACA